UUGCUGGAGGAUUUUCUGAAAAAACACCCUUACAACCCGGCCUCUAAGUAUUUCCCCAGCUUGGGAGACCAGUUUGCUACUGAGCCCCUGACAAACUACAUGGAUGCUGAGUACUUUGGAACCAUCUCUAUCGGUACCCCAGCCCAGGAUUUCACUGUUGUUUUCGACACCGGCUCCUCCAACCUGUGGGUGCCCUCUGUGUACUGCUCCAGCCCAGCCUGCACAAAACACAACCGCUUCAACCCGUCAGCCUCCUCCACCUACCAGGCCACCAGCCAGAACCUCUCCAUCCAGUAUGGCACCGGCAGCAUGACUGGGAUCCUGGGCUAUGACACCGUCCAGGUUGGAGGCCUUGUGGACACCAACCAGAUCUUUGGCUUGAGUGAAACCGAGCCCGGCUCCACCUUUUACUACGCCCCCAUGGAUGGGAUCCUGGGUCUGGCCUACCCCAGCAUUGCCUCCUCCGGAGCCACCCCCGUCUUUGACAACAUGAUGAGCGAGGGCUUGGUGUCCCAGGACCUCUUCUCCGUCUACCUGAGCGCAGAUGAGCAAAGCGGGAGCUUCGUGAUGUUCGGCGGCAUCGACACAUCUUAUUACUCUGGGAACCUCAUUUGGAUCCCUCUGUCUGCGGAGACUUACUGGCAAAUCAACAUGGACAGCAUCACCAUGAAUGGACAGACCAUCGCUUGCUCCGGUGGCUGCCAGGCUAUCAUUGACACUGGCACGUCUCUGCUGGCUGGGCCCCCCAGUGACGUCUCCAACAUCAACUACUACAUCGGCGCCAGCAAUGGCGCGGUCAGCUGCAGCGCCAUGAGCAGCCUGCCCGAAAUCAUCUUCAACAUCAACGGGAACGCGUUCCCUGUGCCCGCCAGCGCCUACAUCCUCAACGAUUCAAGCUCUUGUUCCUCCAGCUUUGAAAACAUUGACCAAGGGCUCUGGAUCCUUGGCGACGUCUUCAUCCGCCUCUACUACGUUGUCUUCGACCGGGCCAACAACCAGGUGGGCCUGGCUCCCCUGGUGUGAACACGGUGCCAUCCCUAGGACACUGCUGUGGAAUAGGGGUCCUGGAUAAUCUCCAUUUCUCUAAAGUCCCAACAAUGUGCAUAGAACUAGUGGCUCUCCCCCCGCAAUCUCCCACACACCAUCUCUCCUAUAAUCUUGCCCACAGUAGAAUAAAGGAAUACAAGA